GAAAAAGGCUUGAAAGCAUACAAAAAGCCCUCGAGGUGGCUUUCUCGGAGGCGGCCUGGAGGCAGCCAUCUGUUGUUCUGCUGGAUGACCUGGACCUCAUUGCUGGACUGCCAAGUGUCCCAGAGCAUGAGCACAGCCCUGAAGUGGUGCAGAGCCAGCGGCUUGCACAUGCUUUGCACGGUAUUAUCAAAGAGCUUGUUUCUAUGGGAAGUUUGGUCGCGCUCGUUGCCACGAGCCAGCUCCAGCACUCGCUCCACCCUUCACUUGUAUCUGCUCAAGGAACCCACAUGUUUCAGUGCAUGCAGCACAUCCAGCCUCCCAGUCAGGAACAGAGAUGUGAAAUUCUGCAUAGUGUUGUGAAGCAUAAGCUGGGCUGUGACAUAAGCGAGUCCCCGGACGUGGAUCUGCAGCGCAUAGCUAAGGAGACAGAAGCCUUUGUGGCCCGAGACCUUACGGUUCUCGUGGACCGAGCCAUACACUCUUCUCUGUCUCGCCAGCCUGGCUCCACCCGGGAAGAAUUGACUUUAACAACAUCAGACUUCCAAAAGGCUCUCCAUGGAUUUCUUCCUGCUUCUCUGCGAAAUGUCAACCUACAUAAACCUAGAGACCUGGGCUGGGACACGAUUGGUGGGUUACAUGAAGUUCGGCAGAUACUCAUGGAUACUAUCCAGUUACCAGCCAAGUACCCAGAAUUAUUUGCAAACUUACCCAUACGACAGCGGACGGGAAUACUGCUUUACGGUCCUCCUGGGACAGGAAAAACUUUACUUGCUGGGGUAGUUGCGAGAGAGAGUGGAAUGAAUUUUAUUAGUAUUAAGGGACCAGAGUUACUCAGCAAAUACAUCGGAGCCAGUGAGCAAGCUGUGCGAGAUGUCUUCAUCAGAGCACAGGCUGCAAAGCCCUGCAUUCUUUUCUUUGAUGAGUUUGAAUCCAUCGCUCCUCGAAGAGGACAUGACAACACAGGGGUUACAGACCGAGUAGUCAACCAGUUGCUGACACAGUUAGACGGAGUAGAAGGCUUACAGGGAGUUUAUGUGUUGGCUGCUACUAGUCGUCCUGAUUUGAUCGACCCUGCCCUGUUGCGGCCUGGCCGACUGGAUAAAUGUGUAUACUGCCCUCCUCCAGAUCAGGUGUCUCGUCUUGAGAUUUUAACUGUCCUCAGCAAGUCUCUAGCUCUGGCAGACGACGUGGACCUUCAGCACGUGGCGUCUGUCACUGAGUCCUUCACUGGAGCAGAUCUGAAAGCUCUGCUGUACAACGCACAGCUGGAGGCCCUGCAGGGACGGCUGCUGCCCAGUGGGCUCCAUGAUGGAGGCUCCAGCUCUGAUAGUGACCUAAGUCUGUCUUCAAUGGUCUUUCUUAACCACAGCAGUGGUUCCGACGACUCAGCUGGAGACGGAGAGUGUGGCUUAGAGCAAUCCCUUGUUUCUCUCGAGAUGUCUGAGAUCCUUCCAGAUGAAUCAAAAUUCAAUAUGUACCGGCUCUACUUUGGAAGCUCAUAUGAAUCAGAACUUGGAAAUGGAACCUCUUCUGACUUGAGCUCACACUGUCUGUCAGCACCAAGCUCCGGGACUCAGGAUUUACCUGCUGCUCCUGGGAAAGACCCAUUGUUUACACCACAUCCUGUGUUCAGGACACCUUCCCAAGAAGGCUGCCAAGACCUUACACAGGAACAGAGAGACCAGCUGAGGGCAGAUGUUAGCAUCAUCAAAGGCCGAUACCGGAGCCAGAGUGGAGAGGAUGAAUCCCUUAACCAGCCUGGACCAAUCAAAACCAGUUUUGCUAUUAGCCAGGCACAUUUAAUGACUGCGCUUGCCCACACAAGACCAUCCAUUAGUGAAGACGAAGGGAAGGAAUUUGCUGAGCUGUAUGAAAACUUUCAAAAUCCAAAGAAGAGAAAAAAUCAAAGUGGAACCAUGUUUCGAACUGGACAGAAAGUAACUUUAGCAUAAAUGUACUUCUGAUUUUUCUAGUUUGUUUGCUCUGAUGGUCUGUCCCUAAGUUGUAACUAUAAAAAUGAUGUAAAAAUUUUAAUUUAAUAAAUUUGGUUAAUCUAUAAAAUCACAGAAUGCUAAAUGCUCAGGGCAAUCUGAGGUUAACAGUGCAGACAAGUCCUGGAUGAAUUACGUCAGUGGUGGAGCUCAUUCUCUUAGAGGGAAGCAUUUCUCCGCACUCACAGGCCCAGUUACUGUUUUUCUGGCUUUUGGCAGAUUGUAUGCCUUGCAACUUCUUGACUGUUUUGGAAAAAGAUACAUUCUAUUGCCUUCUUUUUUUAAAAAAAAAAAUCAGAACAUGACAUUUACACAUAAUUCAAAUAAAUUUAAUCCCUUCAACCAAAGCCUGAUAAGGCUCUUGAUCCA